UUCUACACUCUCUCCACAUCCUCCCAACCCUUUCCUCCCUCCUCAGCCAUGUCUGACUACACAAACAAUCUCAAGCUUCCUUCUCCCUUCUCCUUCACAGAAAUUGCCCAUUUUGCAGAGCUCGGUGAGAAUGCCAUGGAAAAUCCAAGCCCACACUUCACACCAGAAGCCUUCAGCUUUCCUUUAGUCCAUAAUCUUCCAAACUUUUUACCACAUGAUCAUCACAAACCUGUCUCAGAACCUGCAACCGAUAACAAGAGGAAGCAAUCAACUGCAAACCAUUUGGAAGAAGAAGAGAACUCUAAAAGAAGGAAGGAAGGUUUGAAAGAGAGUGCAAGGAGUAGGAAUUCAGAUGGAGGAGAGAAACAGAAGGAGGUGGUUCAUGUGAGGGCCAGAAGAGGCCAAGCUACUGACAGCCAUAGCUUAGCUGAAAGGGUGAGAAGAGAGAGAAUAAAUGAGAAGAUGAGAUGCUUACAAGAUCUAGUUCCUGGCUGCUAUAAGACAAUGGGCACUGCUACUAUGCUUGAUGAGAUAAUUAAUUAUGUCCAUUCUCUUCAAAAUCAGGUAGAGUUUCUUUCAAUGAAGCUUUCAGCAGCGAGUUCCUUCUAUGACUUUGAGUUGGAUGUGCAGUCCAUGGCAGCUGCACAACAGAUGGGAAUUGCUCAUAAUGAACCCCAAAAUAAUGAUUUUUACUAAUCUCUCUCUCUCUCUCUCUCUCUCUCUCU